UUGAAUGGUAGGAACAAGUAUCUCCAAAAAAUAGGAUCUCACCUCUUUUUCAGGAUUCUAUUCUAUGGAGACGACACUUGGCUAAGGCUCUUUCCCAACGCCUUUAGUGAAUCCGAAGGUGUUACAUCUUUCUAUGUUAACGACUACACUGAGGUUGACAAUAAUGUUACUCGCCAUCUUGAUGCAAAACUCAGUGAUCCGAGAUGGGACAUACUUAUCCUUCAUUAUCUGGGUUUGGAUCACAUAGGUCACUCUUUGGGUGGAGAAUCAUCGAUUUUGAUUAGCAAACUGCGCGAAAUGGACAAGAUCGCUGAGCAAAUCUUUACAACUGUUUUGGCCCAUUCACCUGUUUUGUUAGUUGUUAUGGCUGAUCAUGGAAUGACAACUGCUGGUUCACAUGGCGGUGGAAGUGAGGCAGAAUCAUGGGUCCCGAUAGUGUUUUUACAUUCGAAAAUUGGCGUGAAACGUGGUGGAAGUCUCACAGAACUUGCUAAAGUGCAGCAGGUCGAUUUGGCGAGUACCUUGCCAUAUUUUCUGAAGACCGAGAUCCCAUCGAGCAGCGUUGGUCUGUCACUCGUUCCGAGAUUAGCUCAAUACUGGAAAUUGAACGAGAAAACAAUACUGUCUGCUUCACUUCAGUCGACUAAACAUUUUGCCAAGUUCAUGGAAGAUCGUGCCCUUCAACGUCUCUAUGAAGUUGAAGAGAAGCUUCGUUGUCAAGAAGUAAGGGCUUAUACAGCCUAUGUGCAAAGCAGCCAAGCUGCGCAGAUUACUCGGCAAGCACAGAAUGAGAUAAUAAAAUCACUAGAACCGACCUUAGGACACCUGGCAUAUGCUGGCAUCUUGCUCCUCAUUAUGGUGAGAGGAUUUGCACGAAAGUGA